UGCUCCUCCAACCAAUACGCACCACCACCCACCAUGGCCACCUUCCUUGCAUUCGUCACCCUGAGCCUGUUCCUUUUCCACCUCCCAGCUAGCGGGUCCCCACCGGGCCCGGUCAUCAAAUGCACGUCCGGCGACACCAACUGCACCGUGACCAAUGCCUACGGCGCUUUUCCCGACCGCAGCACCUGCCGGGUGGCUGCCGUCACGUACCCCACCAACGAGCAGGAGCUCCUCCUGGCCGUCUCCAAUGCCUCGUUUGCGAAGCAGCACAUGAAGGCGGUCAGCGCCUACGCCCACAGCAUCCCCAAGCUGUCGUGCCCCGGCGGGCCGAGCGGCGCAGGGCUCGCAAUCAGCACCGAGCGCCUGAACAAGUUGGUGAGCGUCGACCCGGCCAGCUCGCGCAUGACGGUGGAGGCCGGGAUCACUCUGCGGGCGCUCCUGGACGUGGCGGCCGCCAACGGCCUCGCGGUGCCCCACUCGCCCUACUGGGAGGGGGUAACGCUCGGGGGCCUGCUCGGGACCGGCUCGCACGGGAGCUCGGUGUUCGGCAAGGGCUCGGCGGUGCAUGAGUACGUCGUCGGAAUGAGGCUGGUGGUGCCAAGCCCGGUGCAGAUCGACGGGCUCUACGCAAGGGUCGUCAGCUUUGGAGAGGAUGAUCCUGACCUCUUGGCUGCCAAAGUUUCUCUGGGUGUGCUUGGAGUUGUUUCUCAGGUUACUCUCCAGCUGGAACCCAUGUUCAAGCGCUCCAUCACCAACAGGGUCCAAAGAGACGAGGCCUUUGAGCAGACCAUCGCCUCAUUUGCCUUCACUACGCAAUACGGAGACAUUACUUGGUACCCCUCACAAGCCAUUGUAGUCUACGGGGACGAUGUCAAACUUCCCAUCAACGCUACUGGGAGAGGCGAGAACGAUUUCUUAGGGUUCAGACCGCAAGCCAGGCUUAUCAUAAAGUCUACCCGUGCCUUAGAGGAAUUAGCCGAGGCAAGAGAGGAUGCCAAUGGAAAAUGCUUGCUAGCUAAAACGCAAGUGAUAAGUUUACUCCUCCUGGGCAUGGGCCUCAAGAGCAAUGACGGCAGUAUCGUCGACUUCACAGGCUAUCCGGUCAUCGGAAAUCAAAGCGACAUGCAAUCCUCAGGGUCUUGCCUGAGAAGCCCGGAGGACAACGUCCAGACAGCCUGCGGAUGGGACCCUCGAAUUCCAGGAAUCUUCUAUCACCAAACUACAGCGAGCAUACCCUUCACCAGCAUCGCCAGCUUCAUCGCCGAUGUAAAGAAGCUCCGCGACGCCAACCCCGGGGCUCUCUGUGGGACUGAGCUGUAUCUCGGCUUCCUCAUGCGCUUCGUCCGCAACUCCACAGCCUACCUCGGCAAAACAGAAGACUGCGUCGACAUAGACAUAACCUACUACCGCUCCCGUGAUCCGGAGCAGCCCCGGCUCUUCGAGGAUGUGCUCGAAGAAAUCGAGCAGAUGGCGUUGUUCAAGUACAACGGGUUGCCGCACUGGGGGAAGAACAGAAACAUUGGCUUUCUGAAGGUGAGGGAGAAGCUGGGAGCUAAGGGGGACGAGUUUGUGAGUGUGAUGGAGAAGUACGACCAGGAGGGUUUGUUCUCGUCGGACUGGACGGAUGCUGUGUUGGGUUUAAGAGGGAAAGAGCUGGUGAUCUCCGGGAAGGGCUGUGCUUUGGAGGGCCUGUGCAUCUGCUCUGAUGACGACCACUGCGCUCCGGAGAAGGGGUACUACUGCAGGCCGGGCCAGGUCUAUGGAGAAGCUCGAGUGUGCCGGAGGAUCCAAGCAGCUGGGGAGCUGGAAAAGAGGAAUGAUGUCGGCCAAGAUAUGUUCAUAAUGAUGCCAAAUCUUGCACGCUCAUGAUCUUUGAUGUGUCGCGUUUAUUUUGAGGAUGUUAUUUUUCGAAUAAAAGUGACUUGGUGGUCACUAUUUCAUCAUCUGUACGUCUUAUUUGUAUCUUUUAUUAUUCUGUGGAACUCCAUUUCAUGGGUUGGCUAGCCAGGCGCACCACCUCGCUUGCAUGGAUUUAUGCGCGCAUACUGAUUGGCGGACUCGGUCGAGUUAGUUGCCGCAUGGAAGGUUUCGUGCGGGCGAUCGCAUUUCCGUGCGUCGUCCUGGAGCACCCGCUGGUUAAACCCUUUCGAGGCAGUCCGGUGGAACCCAUCGCUCCCAAUUUCCAAUUCCAAAUGGAGCGGACGAGAGCAGAGAAGCGGAGGAAGUUCCACCAGGCGCUCCUCAACCUCUACCAUCCCCUGACGCCGCCGCCGUCGUCGCCCGUCCGACAACCUCAAUUAGCUGAAGAGGAAUCAGUGGCAAUGGUUUCUGGGUGCAUGGACUUGGACUUGGACCCAGCAGAAGAUGCUGACAAUGUGGAAAAGGAAAGUUUGCCGAGCGAUACAGGUGAUUCGGUGCCACAAAAGCUCACAAGAGCUCAAAGAAAGAGGAUCAGGAAGCGAAAGCUAAAGGAAGCUGCAUCAGUUCGAAGAAAAAUUGUAGGACCUCUGUUGCCGUCUGCCUACCAAAAUCUUGAAGAUGAACCUCAUGUAAGGCAGUGGAAGGAAAAAUUAUGUGAUCCUGCACAGAAACCUACACAGGAAUCAUCAGGUCAGGUAAGAUUCUCAGAAUUGGGGCUUAUGGGUGGAUUUCUAUGCUAUAUUCAAUGCCAUCCUGCCUACGAUUCAUGCUCAAGUGGUCACAUUUUUGAGUCAUGAACAUGAUAUGCUGAGAGCCAGGGUCAUAGUUCUCAGUUCUGUUAGUUUAAAAUGGUAUUGUUCUAAAAUAUCAGAAUCUGACUACCGGUCAUGGAAAUGCUGUAGGCGUGAUCAUACAUGGCAUUUUAGAAUUUAAGGGAGCUUUGGUGCUUGACUUGGGGAAUAAAACUCUAACGUAGUAUGCGUAAGAACAAGGAUGAAACUGAGAAACCACUGGAACAUUCUGAAUUUCUAUUUGUCUGCAAUAAUCCCUACUCAUGUCGAAAUGUGAGUACAUCAUCUGUUUGUCUGUGUUAUUUGAGUUCUAUAUGUCCUUGAUUUUAUCACAAAUGAUGACAGAAGGUAGGUUAUUACCAGGGAUGGUGCUCCAGAUCGAAAUUUACUUAAAAGAUCGAAGCUGAAGUGAUAAUAAUAUGAUCAAUGGAGACAAAAUAAUGUUCCUGUUUUGAUUGUCUGUCUUUUGAUUUCAACUGAUCUUGGUCAUCACAGUUAACUAAUAUAACUGCAUUCACUAAUAUAAUUGCCUUCUUUUUGUUUAACCAACUGCUAACCAGGAUAACAGCUGAAAGAUGAUUGGGAAAGUUGCAUGGAUUUUCUUAAAGAAAUGUGCUUUGGGGAAACGACUACAAGCUUUUCACCAUGGGGAUGAAGCUAUGAAGAACUUCUCAGUCUGGAUGGCAGGCAGAGGACAAUGGUUGGAUGACUUGUAACUGAGGUAAUUGGGGUUUCAGACUCGCUGGAGGUCAAGCUCGACCGUGGGAACGUGAAUAAACCUGUGCUUCAAUAGCUGUUGUCAACCGCUUCAAAAUUAAGCAUCCGUGAAAUCAAACAGGUAUAACUUUCAAAGAGGCAAAGCAUGCCUUUGGGAAGAGCCUGCUCUGUGAUUUACAGGAAGGCACCAUGAAGCCCAGCUUGGCUUAUUUAGAAAUUAGAUAUAAUGCUUCAAUUGCUGGUGUAAAUGCAGUUUAGUGAAUUUUAUAGUGGAGGAAUCUGGGAAGCUGAAAUCAGCAUGUUACAGUAAAUGACCAGAGACACAUGAUUAUUUGUCAUCUCAUAGAUUACUCUUAAACUCGAUCAGGAUUAGCGCCAA